CAGUAAAAUAUCCAUGGCCUCAAUCAGCCCAGCAGUGGUACUAGAGCUUGAGAAGAAUAGUCAGGCCAGUACUACAACUAGCAAGUUUGUGUUGCAUGAUGUGAUAUUGAGGGUCUUCUUGUUUGCAACAUCCCUAACAUCACUUGUAGCUCUAGUGACCAGUAAGCAAACCGAAACGAUUCCGGUGCCUUUCCCACCUUACGGAGCAUCUGUUGCAGCUGAAUUCACUGAUAUACCAGCCUUCAUUAUAAUUACUACCAUCUUAUCUUUCUUUGCACUCGUGAAACGUUCUACAACAUCAACAAAGUUGAUGUCAUGUGUUUUCUCCGUAGAUGUGCUACUCUUAGGUAUUUUAGCUUCAGCAACUGGAGCAGCAGGUGAAGUAGCCUACUUAGGACUCAAAGGAAACUCAAAUGUAGGAUGGCACAAGAUCUGCAAUGUCUAUGAUUCCUACUGUCGACACAUUGGAUUCUCCGUUUUAACUUCAAUCUUUUCCUCCAUGGUGCUAUCAUUUCUGAUCAUCCUCUACAUCAUUACUGUCUCACGAAGAUAA